AGUCAGCUGUUUGACAAACAGCUGAUUUGAAGGCAGCAUGAAAAGCAGCUCGAAAACUCAGGGAAAAAUAAAAAUAUUAAUUAAAUAAUCAAGCAAGUGAAAUGAAAAAAUGUCGAAAAUUUCAAAGGCCACGCUUAGUCUGAAACAGUUUAUGUUGCGCCAGGAGGUGCUUAAGCUAUAUAGAGAGAUCUGGAGAACCACACGCCUUGUGCCUGACAAGCACAGUCAGCGGGAGCUGCGAGAAUGGGCUCGGCAUGAUUUUCGAUUGAAUCGCGGCCAAAGCGACGAGGUGGCCAUCAAAAUGCUUCUACAGAGCGGCAAACGGAGUCUCACCGAGCUGCAGACGAGUCUGCACUUAAGCGGAGUUAGUGUCAAGGGUGGAGGGAAGUGAGGAAAAUGCUUGUUUUUAUUUGAGCGUUACAAAUUUUAUGACAAUUUCUGAAGUUACAACCAUAAAACUGUAUAAAUAAAUAUUUAUGUAGUACGAGAGCCGUGGUAAAAAGCUAAAUAUAAACGUCCUAAAACCUUA